AUGUGCGCUGUGUCACCACAAUCGUACGCAAGAGGCAUGUGCCGUCCAAAGAACGGACGGCACACCCUCCGCCACAACAGACCAGAAAAAGUUCCAUCCCUAUCUGAACUGCUGCUCGCAGAGUCUUCGGUAAAACCGGGUAGCGUGUUUGGUUCCACGGAACAGAGCACAACUACCGCGGAUGUUUUGACACCAGAAAGUCUUGAAGAUCAGGAAUCUGCCGAUUUGCUGCCCAUGAGAGAGAUACUACCCAUCAUCGAUGCGUACUUUCGAGAGUUCAACUGCGUGAUGCCGCUGUUUCAUCAAGCAUCGUUCAUGAAAUUAUUACACGAAUUUUGUUCCAGCACAUCACGUAGGUCCAAGGUUAGCUGGGGAAUCAUUAAUUGUGUUCUUGCGCUGGGAUCAAAAGUCAUGGCCAUCGAAGCAGAGCCUUUACAAUGCGGCUUCUCCAAAGCUACUAUUCAGAAAUACGAAGCAAAUGCACAAAGGUGCCUCGACGAAUUCAUGAUGCGCGAAGAAGAUACUCUCGGGAUCCAAGGCCUCCUUGCUGUUGUUAUUCUUCAUCAGGCAAACUCCAAUAGCAAGCCCGCUUUCAUGCUCACAAAUACGGCUAUUCGUCAAGCUCACCGACUCCAGAUGUACACUCGAGAAUCACACGCCAAUCUCUCUCCGGAAGAAGCAAAACACAGAGAUAACGAUCUCAGCUUCCGUAACAAAACACCGUCUAUCCAACUCGAUAUUGACUUGGACAUCGACCUCCCUCGAGAGGAUGGUGGUGGUGUUUUACAAAGUGUUGACGGACUGAUGAAAUUCAACUACUUUCGUUCCAGAGUACAAUUGGCACAUCUGGAGGGCAAGAUAUACGACAACUUGUACAGCAUUCGGUCCAAGAAGCUGUCCCGCGAGGAUCGGAGCCGCCACGUUGAUCAAAUCAGCGUGCUACUAGACAAGUGGCAGCAGUCGAUACCAGUAUCUUUGCAGGAUGAACACAUGAUACAUUGUCUCCCUCGAGUGGCCGCGGUGCAUAUGAAGAUAUUACAUCAUCAUUAUCUUCUUUGUCUCGUCUCCCUCCACGGUUUAUACUCGAUACACUCGGGGUGGAUGAAAGCCAUUGGUGUUUACGGACAAACCGUCCUAGCGAAUAUGGACAACAAUACGGAUAUAUGUAUGCGGCAUAUGCAACCAGCGCUUCCUUCAGCCUGGACCAAAUGUUGUGCUGCGAGUCGUCGAAGCAUUCGAUUGCUUGUCUCGGAACCGCGACAGACUUGCUCCUUGUGGCUGAACAUGGGUGCAUAUUACUCAGGAAUCAUCAUACUUUUGGCAAAUUGCCAGUAUUAUCCUAGCCAUGAAAUGGCCAACGAGGACCACGAACUGGCCAAAGAUGGCAUCAAGCUCUUGAAGCAUUUCGCGCAUAUCAAAGUCAAUGAUCAGCUACUGAAAGCCAUGAGUAUACUGGACGAUCUGGAAAUCAUCGCUAGCAAGGCAGUUGAGCACUAUGGUGGACUUCCCGAAGCCUCUCAACCCACUCCCAUUUCCGCCCAGGAGACCUACUCGAUCACACACGAUAUCUUUGGCAAUGGCCUCUUUGAAAACCUGGCUGUAGACAUUGAUGACCAUGAAGCCGCAAUCAAUCCUAUAUGGGAGGAUGAUGGCUUGGAGUUCAGCUAUUCGAUGACAGUGUAG